AUCAGUUUAUUUUUAUUAGCAACCAUACAAAAGGACGAUCCAACCCAACAGCUCCACAACUAAUACUGUAGCUUCCUUUCUUAUUGGCAGAUAAGAUCAUCAUGUUUCGUUCUUGCAUGGGCAGCAACCCGUCGUUGCGGUCGUUUACGUUUGUGGACGAGGAAGAAGAGACGUUUGAACCCGUAGAGGCACCGAUACCCAUUGUGAAUGUGCUCUUGGAAGUGGUGGGGGCCACCAAUCUGCCGACCAAAGCGGGCACUCGUCUCGUUGGAGAGAGAAUCCUUCCGGAUCCUUAUUGCAUCGUUUCGAUUGUCCGUAGUGCCAGUCGCACUCCGGAAGUGGUUCAUAGAACACAGACUAUUUGCAAGGAUGACAAUCCAAUUUGGACAAUCAAGACCAAGUCUCUCUGUGUGGUAUCCAUUCCAAAAUACGACCCGCAAAGACAACAACUGCCAAUCUCUUUGGACAAAGCGAAACAGAAGGAUGAAAACAACCAAGUAGUACCAGCCAGUGAUGUCUCUGUUACCUCUUUAGCGUCCUAUGGGACUGCUCUAUCCAGUGACAGUCUUAUGGAUAACUCCGUCAUCGCGUCUCCGUCCGAAGCCAACUGCCUCAUCAUUCAAGUGCGCAAUGGAAAAACUUCACUAGGAAAGGUAGAAGUAUCCUUUCAGCAUGUUCUACAGUGCAAUGGGGAACGCCAAGAAUUCCCUCUCGUCACAGACAAUUCACCACCGCCACCAGCCAGCAUGGAAGACAACGACAACAUGUCCAUGCUACUACAACCACAAGAAGAAACCUCAUUGACACAAAGCAUGCUCGCUCUGCGCUUUCGUCCUGCCAAACCAGACGAAAUCACGUUUCUCAACAAUCUACGACGCAAUCGAAACGUCUUUGUAUCUGCCUCACGGAGACUUUCCAGAUCGCUGUCUUCGGCCUCAGAAAGACCGGAGGAACCUUCGCAUGACGAGGAAGCCAUGGAUGUCAACUUUCGUCUUGUGGUACGAAAGAGCAUCUUUUCCUCCUACCGAAAAACACAGGGCAAAACAGGUGAGCCACUGGUGAAACUGCAACCACCCAAAAGAAAUGCACUACAACCCGAAAAAUCCAUAGAAUGGAUGACAAAGACACAGAUUCAAGCAGAAGCUUUAAAGCCAUCCACAAAAUGGGUCGAAACAGGCCAUGGAGAAGCGGGGACUCUGUAUUUGGAGAUCUUGGGAUGCGAUAAUCUUCCAGGAAUGGAUACUGGCAUUGUAGAAGAUUCUUCGGAUCCAUUUGUAGGCAUUGUAUUUGAAGAUACAAUGGUAAGAACUCAGGUCUUGUUCGAGACAUGUACCCCAAGAUGGCUUCCGUGGUCAACGAGAGCCUUUGCUUUCAACAUUGCACACUCGUCGUCCAUGCUCUUUCUGGGAGUAUUUGAUUACGACGAAAACAUGCCGCUGCAAAAGGAUUAUCAUGACCCAAUUGGACGCACCGUUAUCAAUACAAUCAACUUUGAAAGCUCGGUGACUUAUUUGCUCCGAUAUGAUUUGAUUGACAGCAGCAAACUGGAUACGCCCCGAGGAACCAUCACGGUUCGUCUUCGUAUCGAAUGGGCAGAUGAAAAUGAAGCUGUCAAGCUGGCUUUGACGGCUCCACCUCGGAUGAUCAUCAAUGUGGAAACCGAAAAGGCUUGGCAUGUCCUUCAUUAUUGCACUUAUGGAGGAAUCAACAUGAAUUCGCCGUCCAUGGCGUCUGUGCGUUUGUAUGCCAGCGAGGUGUACGAAAUAUGGAGAAACUACUGUUACUUUUUGGAUGUGGUCGCCAAUAUACUAUUGUGGCGAGGCCGGGUCAACCUUACUCUGUUUGAGUAUUCUGCAAACAUAUGGUUCCCAAUCCAAUCCAUCUGGUUGUUUGUUUCUGUGGCGCUUGCUUAUGAGAAGCCAUCGUACGCCCCGGCAAUUUUCUUUUAUGGCCUGGCUUGGAUCAUGAUAUCAAUCAACUACUGCAGCAGUCGGCAUCCAUAUGCUUGGUACAGAGUGAAAAGAUUUGAAAGCCUAGUUUUAAGCACCUUAUUGGGGACUGCAGCUUCCUCUACAAGGUCGGUCGAGGCAGACUCAACAGCUGAAGAGAAAGCUACCUACGAUGCCCUGGACAAGCUCAAAGCUGACCGGAUGAUGGCGUUGAUGAGCGCCUUCAUCAGGACUGGCCUUAAAGCGUACCGAAUCUACAGCGGCACCAACAUCGCCUCCAUCGUUGAUACAACGCCCGACACUUCAUUCUACUUCCUCUCUGACAAGCUGUACUACCCACACAUGCUGCUGAAAUAUUUUUGCAAUUAUUCUCGAGCGUUUCGGAACUUUAUAAAUUGGAAGAGCUACAAUAGCUUUCCAAAGACACUGAACUUACUGAUUUUGGGCUCCAUCUGCCUCAUUUCACCAUUGCGCACUGUGGCAGCAUAUACGGGACGAAUUCUCAUUUGGAUUUUCCUCGGUCCGUUUAUGAAGGUCGUUGACAUUGUUUGUGUGCGAUACCAGUACAAGACAAACGAGGAUCUACUCGAUGACAUUCGGAACGAUCGACAGGAUAGUGACUAUUGGUUCCUGCCGUUUUUUGAUUCAAUUGUCGAACAUGAAUCCUUUGAUUCCAUGAGAAAGACAGGACGCCUUGUAGUGGAGGACGCUGCCAAGCUCAAAGACAUGCGUGAGGUUUUGCACGGAAAAUGGAGUGAAACAGUGCCAUGGGUGGACAAUUCUCGACGUCCGAGCGCUCCUUUGCCUGCGUCCUCUGCGGUACCUCGGAGUGCGGAUUGUGACAAGUUGGAACAGACUUUUAGCUGGAAAUUUGCCCGAGGGAAGCAGUUGGAGGGAGACAUGAUUAUGGGUUGCCCUGGGUGUCCCGGUAGUACUCGAUGCGUGGGCAAGGUAGAAUCGAAAAAAGAUCAGUAGCAACUUCAAUGAAUGCAGUCGUAAAGUAGCGUGCAAACUAAUAGUUUUGAUUAUUGUAGUUUUUGAUUUCCAUCGAUUCGAUUCAGUAACAGGUGCAACACCGACGACGCCUUUCUCCGCGACGGCCGUGCCUGACCUUGGCCUCGUCGCUCUGUUCCAAUCAUAAAUUGUUGCCUUUUUAAGCAUCAUUUCAUUCUCCUUCCUGUCGUGUUCCUUUCUUUUGUACUCUGGCAAAAUGCACAAUUUCAAGCUCAUUCUUUUUUUAGAACAGUAGAAUCA